AUGGACAUCAACAGUUUGAGUUAUUUUAAGAUUCACUGGAUAGUAUGGAAGAUACUAGGACUAGACGCCCAAUAUAAGAAUUGGAAACCCAUGGUAAUCAUCAACAUUGUCACCUUGCAUCUAGCAUUCAACAUCGGAUAUCCAUUCCAUCUGGCCAUGUCAAUGUUUCGCAAUGGAAAUCUCACGGAUGAUAUAAAGAACCUAACGACAUUUGCCGUUUGCUUCGCUGGAACCCUAAAAUCGGCAAUUUACGUACUCAAAUUCUAUAAAAUUAGACAAAUGGAGCAAAUAAUCGAGCUAUUAGACUUGCGAAUUAACGGAGAGGAAGAAACGGACAUUUACAUUAAGUUGAGACGACAAUUGCGAAAUAUCCUGUAUGGAUUUGCUAGUAUUUAUUUGAUAGUCGGAAUUUUUGCGGAGUUAUCGUUCUUGUUUCAGACAGAGCGAGGCCUCAUGUAUCCCGCUUGGAUUCCAUUUGAUUGGCAAAAUUCUACUCUCAACUAUUACGUCGCUAAUGUUUAUCAGGUUACGGGAAUUAGCUAUCAUCUCGUACAGAACUUUGCCAACGAUUGUUAUCCCGCUAUGAUGUUAUGCCUGAUCUCGGGUCAUAUCAAGUUGCUCUACAGACGAUUGGAAAAUAUUGGAUUCAAUGAUCCAUCAGAUGCUGAAGCUCAAAAGGAUUUGGAGAACUGCAUUACGGACCAUAAACGCUUGCUUAAACUAUUUCAAACCUUGGAAUCCUUUAUGUCACUGUAUGUAUGUCAGUUUGCUGUAACGGGAAUUAACCUUUGCAUUGCCAACGCAGCUGUUUGGUUCUUUGUCACUGAACCAAUAGGUCGGACAUAUUUCUUAUUCUACGCAAUGGGUGUUCCUAUACAGAUCUUUCCUACUUGCUACUACGGCACGGAGACUGAGCAAUCGUUUGAAGAACUUCCUUAUGCCGCCUUCAGCAGUAAUUGGAUUAAUCAGAGUCGCAGUUUCAAGCAGAAAUUACGAAUUUUUGUAGAAUGUUCACUCAAAAAGAACACUGCUCUUGCUGGUGGAAUGCUUCGCAUCCAUGUGGAUACAUUUUUCUCAACUCUUAAAUUUGCUUACUCUCUUUUAACCAUCCUACUUCAAAUGCAAAAGUGGCAACGCCAGAGAGCACCACGUCUGCAUUUCGAUUUAACAGUAGAACAAAAGCUGCAGGACAACGACAUGGCAAUCGACAGUCUGAUUUUCUUUCGGAGUCACUGGACCGUUUGGAGGAUACUUGGCCCAGCAUAUCGUCAAGUGACAUGGAUAAAACUCUAUAUAGUCUACAACAGCAUAAUGCACCUUUUAAUCACCAUUGGAAAUCCUCUGCAUUUGGGUAUAACCCUUUUUCGUAACGGCAAUCUCACGGAUGACAUCAGAAACCUCACGUUCUUUGCCACUUGCCUUGCUUGCUCCUUGAAGUUCAUUAUAUACACGUAUAACUUUGAUAAAGUGACGAGAAUGGAAAAGCUUCUUGUGCAAUUGGAUUCGCAUGUUAAACACCCAGCUGAAAUGAAGAUAUAUCAUCGUCUGAAAAUCCAAUUGAAUGUAAUUCUCUAUGUGUUCAUUGGCAUUUGUAUAUUUAGUGCCGCCUCCGCUGAGUUGGGAUUCCUAAUGCAAGAAGGACGCGGACUCUUGAAUCCCGCUUGGUUUCCAUUCGAUUGGCGAAAUUCUAAUCGCAAUUUUUACAUUGCUAAUUUUUAUCAGAUGCUUGGUUCAGUCUAUCAACUGAUGCAAAACUAUGUAAACGAUUGUUAUCCCGUCGUUAUGUUGUGUCUUAUCUCAGCCCACAUCAAAAUGCUCUACAUACGCGUGGAGCAACUGGGAUUGAAUGAUUCAGAGGAUGCUGCGGUUCAGAUUGAGUUGGAGAACUGCAUAGCGGAUCACAAACACUUGCUAGAACUGUUCCACACCCUGGAGUCCUUCAUGUCCUUGCCAAUGCUUAUCCAAAUCGUUGUGAGUGCCGUAAACGUUUGCGUGAGCAUUGCAGGAGUGUUGUUCUUUAUAACUGCUCCCAUGACUCGUGCUUAUUUUGUCAUUUACGCCAUGGCAAUGCCUUUGGAAAUCUUUCCCACCUGCUAUUACGGCACGGACAAUGAGAUUUGGUUUGGCAAGCUUCCGUAUGCAGCUUUUAGCUGCAACUGGAUGGAUCAGAGUCGCAGCUUCAAAAGGAAUCUGAUGCUGUUUGUCGAACGUUCACUAAAGCGGAGCACUGCCAUGGCUGGUGGAAUGCUUCGCAUCCAUGUGGACACCUUUUUCUCUACUCUUAAAUUUGCCUAUUCUCUGUUCACAAUCCUACUGCAAAUGCGAAACCCGUAA